AUGGGCGAACGCUUUGAGAACGUGGUGGCUCAAAGUAGAGGUAUUGCACUGAAGCAUACCGCUCCCUACCACCCAGCAGCGAAUGGCCUUGCCGAACGUGUGAUACGAGACUUAAAACAGUUCAUCAACGUCUACCCUGACUUUAGAGGAGGAUGGAAGUGCUGCCGACAAGCUGCUGUUGCUCAUCAUAGCCAAUCGCACACAGCGAGAAUGGGAUGCAGUCCACACUUCGCUGCAUACGGCGAAGUCCCUGUGCUGCCGGCUGACAGAGUUAUGGGGAUUGACCAAGCUAUGGCCCUCAUAGAAAAGCGUAGGACACCAGCGGAAGAACAGCGCUACCGCAGGAGAAUGAAGCGCAACUUCGAUAGGCGCCAUAACAUUGACAUUCCGAAUAUUGAAGUGGGCGACCAAGUACUAGUAAGAAAAGGACUUGGUAUCUAA